AUGAAUCUUCGCCCUGCACGGCCUGAGAUCUUUCCCAGUCCUGAUCAGCUUUCAAGUCGCAACAGCCGUUAUGACACUGCCCUCACUCCGAUACUGAACAACCAUAUGCUAGGGUAUCUUCUUAUUGCUGUUGUUUCUAUUCCUAUCGUACUCGGCUAUCUCGGAUUUGUUCCCGUAUCGCUACUCCACAUGCUCUGGGAUAUCCUCGUCCAUCUUAUCCCCUCUCGAAUCGUUAUCGCAUUAGAUCCUGGCAUAUCCAAGUCCGAUCGCGAGUCUCUAAUCUCAGCCCAUUUGCCUCCCCACGAAAAGAGUGACGCCAUGAAACGGAUUCUGCGCCUAGACACCGACAAGCCCUUCCUCUCCUUCUCGCGGCCAAGAUCCGUCUCCAUCUUCGGUAACACAGUGCUGGGAGAUACAAGAGAUACCACACCCCCGGGGCUGGGCAACUGGAACAACUCUUGUUUUCAGAACAGUAUUAUGCAAGGGUUGGCUUCGUUGAAAUCCCUCACCGAGUUCCUAAGCUUCAACAUUGACAAUUUCUCGGGAAAGGCUCCUAUCUCGACCCACAGGGCGCUGCUGGACCUUCUCGACAGUUUGAACAGUGCCAACAAAAGCGGAACCAAGUUGUGGGUCGCGGGACCCCUUAAGUCCAUGAGCAGUUGGCAACAGCAAGAUGCUCAAGAAUACUUUUCCAGGUUGAUUGAUCAAAUCGACUUUGAGGCCGAGAAGGGUGCACGGGGGCAGACAUCGAAUCUGGGAUUGAAGAUUGCAGGCCCGGAGGAGAACGUAUUCCGGGUUAAAGACAAUGACAGUGACGAACGCAUGUCUGGGGAACUCGAAUCACUCCCAUCGACGGACAAGCUCUAUCUUGAUAGGGUCUCAACUUGCAAUCCCCUCGAAGGUUUACUCGCUCAACGGGUUGGGUGCAUGAACUGCGGAUGGACGGAAGGGCUCUCGCUAAUCCCUUUCAAUUGUCUCACUGUUCCUCUGGGAAGAAAUUCUGUCUACGAUAUUCGUGAAUGCUUGGACCAAUAUAUGGCACUUGAGCCCAUCGACGGUGUUGAAUGCACCAAGUGCACGCUUUUGCAUCAACAAGAGCAGCUUUCCACUUUGAUCCGCGGGUUUGAAGAGACUGAAGGUCAGCCAGCUAGCAACGCCCAGGCAAUGAGUGCCGUCAAAGAGUCGGCCUGCUCACGUUUAGCGGCCGUCGAGGCAGCAUUGAAGAGCAAUGAUUUCAGCGACACUACACUAAAAGAAAAAUGUCGCAUCCCUUCUAAGAACUGGAUUUCGACGACGAAGUCUCGACAGGCUGUCAUCGCACGGGCUCCUCGCUGCCUUGCUAUUCAUGUCAACCGAAGUGUGUUCGAUGAAAUGACUGGGGCGCUUGAGAAGAAUCUUGCAGCUGUUGCGUUUCCGCAAACCCUCAAUCUAAACGAUUGGUGUCUUGGCAUCAAAGCCUCUCGGGAAUCUGGUGACGAUUCGGAGCAAUGGGAAACGAAUCCCUCGCGGUCAAUGCUUCCGCAGGGUCAAAGCAUUGAAGUCCCCAGCAGACAAUAUGAACUCCGAGCCAUCAUCACCCAUUACGGCCGACACGAGAACGGACACUACAUUUGCUAUCGCAAGUACCCGACCUCAGAAUUUUCAGCUCCCGCUCCGGAUGAGAUCCUUCAAGCUGAAGGUUACAAGGACGAACCCGAACGUUGGUGGCGGCUCAGCGAUGAUGAUGUGCAGAUGGUCAGUGAAGAUCAUGUGCUCUCCCAAGGAGGUGCUUUCAUGCUAUUCUAUGAAGCCAUCGACGACCCCAUCGCGCCUCGCUCAUCCCGGGUUACGACUCCUGAAAAUGAGCUGCCCGAGGCUUAUUGCCUAGCAUCUGACUACCCCAUCGAUGCAGACUCAUUCUGCGACUCCAGUAUCUCGAACGCCAUCUCUACUUCAUCUACUGUCACGGACUUUGGAUCCUCUACUUCCCGUGCCACUAGCGUCUCCACCCAGUCGGAGGACUACAUCCCUGAUACACCUCCUUUGAAGGCUUCGAAUGUUGACGCCAAUGUUCCAGCAGUCGAUCGACUGGACUCACGCCCUACGGUCAUUGCCUGA